UAUCUGUUAAAUUGUAUAUAUAUUUUGGUUAAAAAAUCCACCAAAUCUUUAGUAAAAAUUGCAAGGGGGACACUGCCAUGGACGAUAUACGCACAUUGAAGUACGAAAUCAAAUGGGAUGAGUAUGGGGGAAUGCCCAUAACUGACAUUAACUUUAAGCACUAUGAUCUGGUGAUUGAGUUUAUGUGGGAGAACUCCUUUCUGAAGAACUUGGUCUACGAGGGUCUGGGCCUGUUCGAGGUGGAGGAUAUGAAGCAGAUUUACUCGAAUUAUGUGCGGCAUAUACUGCAGAACGAGUGCUCGGUGAUGAUGCUCAGUGAGGAUGAGACGGAGGUCAAGGCUGUGGGGCUGCUAGAAUGGAUGACAGAGAAGUGGCAUUCCUGGGUUUUCCUGCCCUCGUCCAUACCGAAGUGCCUGUUCAAGCAGCUAAUCAUGAUGAAGAUGGAGCUGGUGGAAGCCACCAAGCAGAAUCUCGGUGUGCCCAUCUUCGAUGCAUUGUUUGUGCAUGAGAUCGGCUUCCCCGAAGAACUCUCUUUCAACAGGGACUUCCUCAUGGCCAUGUUCGACACCUUUGGGGCAGUGGCCCAACACAUGCACAUGCCCCGCGUGUGCUUCAUAGCUCUGAGCACCAUCGAUCAGGCGGCGGCCAAUUUUGUCGAGUACGAUGAGAUUGGACGCACCAUUUACUCCAUCUACAAGGUGGGCAGCCAGCGACCCUUUGAUAUCCUGCGCGAACUGGACGAGAUGUACGCUCUGAUCUUUGAGCUGCCCGUCAGUCAGUUGGUUCACUACAUGGACAUGCCCGGGUUCGAGGAGUUCCACGAGGCUCUGGCUGCCAAAAUAGCCAAGGAGGCCGCUGAAAAGAAGCAUGAAGAUGGGGAUUUCUGA